GGAGCGCGGCGGGGCCUCCCUGGGCAGGGGGCGUCGCGGCUUCCAAGAGCGGAAGGCGUGGGGUGGCGUCGGCCGGGCGUGCCGGGCCUGGCCCCGCCUUCCUGGCCCCGACGCACCUGCGGACUCGCGGUCCCCGUGGUCCUCACCUGAGCGCAAGCAGGCUUCCCAGGGGGUUCCCCAGACCGCGCCUCGCCGCCAGGACGGGAGGGGGCGGCAGGGCCCCCAGCCCCGCCAGGGCAGGACAAGUCACAGAAGAUUGACGACCUGAUGGACGUGGUGGCGAGGCUGCAGAAAGGUCCUGUGUCCCGUGGUCAGGGGCUCGGCCUGGUGGGGAGCCUGGAGCCCCGAGUCGAGGUCCUGAUUAACCGCAUUAAUGAGGUUCAGCAAGCCAAAAAGAAAGCCAGCGAGGAGCUGGGGGAAGCCCGGACUGUGUGGGAAGCCCUGCAGAAGGAACUGGAUGUGUUGCAUGGAGAGAAAGCACGUGUGCAGGAGAUCCUGAACAAAAAGCAAGAGACCCUGAGGAUCCUCCGGCUGCACUGCCAGGAGAAGGAGAGUGAGGCACAGAGGAAGCACACCCUGUUGCAGGAGUACAAGGAGAGAAUUUUCGUCCUGACCUCCCAGAUUGAGGACGAGAAGAACAAACAGAGGCAGCUGAGGUUGAAUUUCGAGGAACAGUUGGAGGAGCUGAUGGGCCAGCACAAGGACCUGUGGGAGUCCCACAGGCCGGAGCGACUGGCGAGGGAGCUCUGCACCCUGGACAGCAGCAAGGAGCAGCUCCUCAAGGAAGAGGAGCUGGUCGGGGUGAAGCUGCAGGACGUGAAGCGGCAGCUGUGCUCCCUGUGUGGCGCCGAGGGGCCCGCCACUGUCCCCGAGGGACUCUUUCUCCGCAGCCAGGAGGCCGCAACAGCCGUGCAGCUGUUCCAGGAAGAGAACAGCAAGGCCGAGGAGCUCCUGGAGGCCAGUGCCCGGCGUCACCAGCAGCUGCAGCUGAAGUGCCAGCAGCUGCGGCAGAGGCGGCAGAGGCUGAAGGAGGAGCUGGAAAAGCAUGGCGGUCAAGUCCCUGCAGAGACCCAGAGCGGGCAGGAGCAGGGGGCUGCUCCAGGAGAGGGGGCCAUUCCCAAACCUGGAGAAGUCCGUGAGGAGACCGCCCUGGCGCCGUCCGUGGAGCAGGGCCUGGUGCCCGCCUAGACCAGGAAGACACAGCACACCCCACCUCUGAACCUGUCCCAGGGGGCGACGGAAAUAAAGGAGAGAAUUUGAUACAA